GGAGCCUCUUAUUUGAAAGGGAAGUUGUGAAGUCGCUCAUUCAAAGUCCGGGGGAGCGACCUGGGAAGCGGAAUUCGGGGCCUGAACCUCCGUGCCUUGACCAACCGAUUGUUUGUUCCCCUUGCAGACCCUGCCUUCCUCUCAGUCCACACUCAGCCGUAGACGUCGGGUUUCCAGCUCCGUCUGUGCGCACAUAACUCCAGGAAGCCGCUAGCUCCCGACGAUGUCUUCUGUCAAGUUAUGGCCUACUGGUGCGUCGUUUCCUCUGGUGAGCCGUGAAGAACUGAAGAAGCUGGAGUUUGUGGGCAAAGGAGGGUUCGGAGUCGUGUUCCGGGCACACCACAGAAAAUGGAACCAUGAUGUAGCAGUCAAGAUCGUGAACUCGAAGAAGAUAUCCAGGGAGGUGAAGGCUAUGGUUAAUCUUCGUAAUGAGAACGUUCUGCUCCUGCUGGGGGUCACUGAGGACCUCCAGUGGGACUUCGUGUCCGGGCAGGCUCUGGUGACAAGAUUCAUGGAGAACGGCUCCCUCGCAGGGCUGCUGCAACCUGAGUGCCCUCGGCCCUGGCCACUCCUCUGUCGCCUGCUGCAGGAAGUGGCGCUGGGGAUGUGUUACCUACACAGCUUGAACCCUCCGCUCCUGCACCGGGACCUCAAGCCCUCUAACAUUCUGCUGGACCCAGAGCUCCACGCCAAGCUAGCAGAUUUUGGCCUGUCCACGUUUCAGGGAGGGUCCCAGUCAGGGUCAGGAUCAGGAUCCAGGGACUCUGGGGGCACCCUAGCUUACUUGGACCCAGAGCUGUUGGUUAAUGUCAACCUGAAGGCUUCUAAAGCGAGUGAUGUCUACAGCUUUGGAAUCCUCACGUGGGCAGUGCUGGCUGGCAGAGAAGCUGAGUUGGUAGACAAGACUUCACUAAUCCGGGAAACAGUGUGUGACAGGCAGAGUCGUCCUCCACUGACAGAGCUGCCUCCAGACAGCCCUGAGACUCCCGGCUUGGAAAGACUGAAGGAGUUAAUGAUUCUUUGCUGGGGUUCCCAGUCCAAAAGCAGGCCAUCCUUCCAGGACUGCGAACCAAAAACCAAUGAAGUUUACAAUCUGGUAAAGGACAAGGUAGAUGCUGCUGUCUCCGAGGUAAAGCAUUAUCUGUCUCAGCACAGAAGCAGCGGCAGAAACUUGUCUGCCAAAGAGCCAAGCCAAAGAGGCACAGAAAUGGAUUGCCCGAGGGAAACCAUGGUUUUUGAAAUGCUGGACCGCCUGCAUUUGGAGGAACCCUCCCGACCAGUUCCUGGAAAAUGCAUAAACCUUUCUGAGAGGCCAGCACAGGACACAUCAGUUGGGCAUGCCACACCAGCAAGGACAUCUUCUGACCCCAUGGCUGGCACUCCCCAGAUUCCACAUACUUUACCCUUCAGAGGCACAACACCCAGGCCAGUCUUUACUGAGACUCCCGGUCCUCACCCCCAAAGGAAUCAGGGAGAUGGAAGACACGGCACUCCUUGGUAUUCCUGGACCCCACCGAAUCCAACGACAGGGCCACCGUCUCUUAUCUUCAACAACUGUUCUGAAGUGCAGAUUGGAAACUACAACUCCUUGGUAGUACCACCAAGAACUGCCUUGCCCAAUUAUGACCCAGCACAGUUCGGCAGGGGUAGGGGAAGGCAGCCCUUCCACAAGUAGACUUCAGAGAAUCACUGCAAGAGCCGGAAGUGUACCAUUCAGGCAGCGUGGCAAUAAAAAUUACGUUCUAAUCAACCUGGACUGGCUAAGACAAUCCUUGCCACUUCCUGAAGCUCACAACAUUCUGUGAAGACAGUUGGACCUACACCCAAACUGACAUUUGAUCUAUCUCCUUAAAGUCAAUAAACAUAGUAUGUUAACUAUGA